UUUUCAAAAUUUAUUUAUUUAUUUAUUUAUUUCAUAUUAUUACCACCAUCCAUUUCUGCACUUUUUAAUUAACUUAGUCUAUCUGCAAGAGAAUCGAAUUUCACAGAUGAAUAGAGAGUUUCUCAUAAUGUUUUUUCUCUUUAUUUGAUAAUCUUUAGCCGCAUAUCAAUAUUUCUCUGAUUUUUCUUUUUUCCAUUUUUGUCUGUGUUUCGUACAGUAGGUUCUCUUUUGAGUUUCUCAGCAUUCAAAGAGAGAAAAAAAAAUUGACCCAAAUCGUAUGAAAAUCGAAGGAAAUGUGAGUGUAUCUUUUUCAAUACGCAAAUUCAAGCAUGGGUUUUGGAUUUUAUCUCGGAUAAAGUGGUUUUCAAUUUCUGGGCUGCAUAUAUCAGUUGCUGGCUUGUUGAGUAUUGCUGGGUUUGUCGUGGCUAUAAAAGAUAAUAAAAUGGGAAAUUUUGGUAGCUUACCAUGGUCUUCAGAACGAGGGGAUUUUUCGUCGGAGUUGUGCUUAGUUCCUGGGCUGCAGAAUCUUGGAAAUAACUGUUUUUUGAAUGUAAUUUUACAGGCCCUGGCUAGCUGCUUUUGUUUCCGGCAAUUUCUUCACGGAAUUAUGGAGGAAUCUAAAUCUUCCUCGGAUGAGGAAGGGGUUGAAAGCUUGCCCCUCACAACUGCUUUGACCACUUUGUUGGAAGAAUUAUGUGCCACUCAUGGUGGAAGAAAGGUCUUGAGCCCCCGGAAAGUGAUGCUUGCCAUGGCUCUUUAUAUUCCCAAUUUCAAUCUCACGAGGCAGCAGGAUGCAGCAGAAGCAUUCCUUCAUCUUUUGUCUUGUUUAAGAGAAGAAUUUUCAGAAUGUUAUGUUCCAAAUUACAGUUCUCUAGCAGGCAUUUCUGCUUUUCCUAAUUGUAGGAUUCUUACUCCAACCAAGAGGGAACAACCGAGUGAACAGGAAAGAUGGCAGCGACACUUCCUUGGGCCAUUCAAUGGGAUUCUUGGCAGCUUUUUAACUUGUCAAAGCUGUUCAUUUCAGAUCACAUUGGAUUUUGAAUUUUUCCAUAGCUUGUCUCUUUCACCAGUGCUCAAUAAUGGUGGUGCCAUUAUGGCUGGAUGCACUGUGGAGGAUUGCCUGAGGCAAUUCAUUGUUGCAGAACAAGUUGAGAAUUAUCACUGCCACAGCUGUUGGCAUAUUGCUGCAACAAAGUACUUAUCUUUACAGCCUGGAAAUGAGGCAGUAAUUCAAAAGCUCAGGUGCUGUAGAGAGCAAGGCUCCUGUGACUGCAGAAAUCUCCUUAAUCUUGAAGCACUGCCAUGGUCAAAUAGUUUUUCACGUACUUUAAAGCAACUAAGCAUAGUUCGUUGUCCAAAGAUUCUAUGCAUUCAUCUACAACGAGCUUCAAUGACCAUAUUUGGAGAACUAACCAAAGUUCAGGGUCAUAUUUCUUUUCCAUUGAUAUUGAACCUAUCGCCAUUCAUGAAGAGUGAAGUGGGAAUAAAGAACUGGGAAGAUAAUUUUCUAAGAAAGCGAGCAAAGCAGCAAAAUCAACAACCUGUUCCUGAUCUGAAACAUUUUAAUUCGCAAUUUGAUACAAGAAUGCUAAAUUGCAUUUAUGGGCUUGAGGGAGAAAACAUGAACUCAGAGGCAAGGUAUGCUGAUGAAUUGGGAAGCACUACACUUAAACUUAUGGGUAGUAUGAAUUUUCCAACUCUUGGGGAAUCCAGUUUGGCUGAAACUGGAGGCUUCUCAGAUACAAAACUUGAACACAGGCGUGAUAAGGUGAGCAUGGCUCGUGAUUGUGAUUCUUUAGAUACACAUAGUUACCAUCUUGUUUCUGUUGUGGAACACUUUGGAAGAGAUGGGAGUGGGCAUUACACUGUCUACAGAAGAGUGAGAACUGAGCAGGAGAGAGAAUUUCAUAAUGGACAAUUUGCGCCUUCCCUUGGGCACUGGUUUUGCAUUUCGGAUUCUCAAGUAUACAGUGUUUCAGAAAAAGAUGUUCUUGCAGCAGAGGCUAGCUUGCUCUUUUAUGAAAGAAUUGCAGAUGAGUGAGAACUGCACCUACUGCAUUUGAAAUUUGUUGUUUGUUAUCCAGGAAAAUCCCAUUUCAGUUACAACUCCAAGGAGGCUGCUAUCAGCUUGAGGAAGUGCCUGGAGGCAUAUGGCAUCUUCACCUAUAACAAUGAAGCUGAUACAGAUUCUGAACAAGUUGUCAGGCUAAAUUGUACCCCAUACUUCAGACCAUAUCAUUAUCAUAAGGAGAGAAUACUCCUCUGAGAAGGGGCCAGCCUUGAGUCUUGAGAAUGAAUUCAUGGAAAAUAUGCUUUUAGUUUUCUCGGUUCUCUUGGUGCUUUUCCCCAGCAAAAUUUACAGAUCUAUUUUUUAACUUCAGGACUGAGGAAUUUUGAUGUGAUAAUGAACUAUGAUGUAUUGUUAUAUAGCAGUUGCAUUUGAUUCUUUUUCAAGUGAUGGUCUCCUUAUUCCUUCA